UUUGCCAUAAAACGGAGUAAGGUCAAGGGACCUGCACAGGAGAUGCAAUUUUGGGGAAUAAAAUGGCAAGAUGGGUGUAGACAGAUCCCCACAGAUGUGAUCAACAAGAUAACAGCAAUGUCUCCACCAACUAAUAAGAAAGAAACGCAAGCUUUCUUGGGUGCUAUGGGGUUCUGGAGAAUGCACAUCCCAAAUUACAGUUUGAUUGUAAGCCCUCUCUAUCAUGUGACCAGGAAGAAGAAUGAUUUUAAAUGGGGCCCUGAGCAGCAACAAGACUUUGAGCAAAUUAAAUGCGAGAUAGUUCAUGCAGUAGCUCUUGGACCAGUCCGGACUGGGCCAGAUGUAAAAAAUGUACUAUAUACUGCAGCUGGGGAGAAUGGUCCUGCCUGGAGCCUCUGGCAGAAAGCUCCAGGGGAGACUCGAGGUCGACCCCUCGGCUUUUGGAGUUGGGGAUAUAAAGGAUCUGAGGCCAGCUAUACCCCAACUGAGAAAGAGAUACUGGCAGCCUAUGAAGGGGUUCGAGCUGCUUCGGAAGUGAUAGGCACUGAAGCACAGCUCCUCCUGGCACCCCGGGUGCCUGUGCUGGGCUGGAUGUUCAAGGGCAGGGUCUCCUCUACACAUCAUGCAACUGAUGCUACAUGGAGUAAAUGGGCUGCACUAAUUACACAACGAACUCGAAUAGGAAAUCCCAGUCGUCCAGGCAUUCUAGAAGUCAUCAUGGACUGGCCACAGGGCAAAGAUUUCGGAAUGUCACCAGAGGAGGAGGAGGUGGUGCGCGCUGAAGAGGCCCCACCAUAUAAUAAACUGUCAGAAAGUGAAAAGCAAUAUGCCUUGUUUACUGAUGGCUCUUGCCAUAUUGUGGGAAAGCAUCGGAGAUGGAAGGCAGCUGUAUGGAGUCCUGGACGACAAGUUGCAGAAACUGCUGACGGAGAGGGUGAAUCGAGUCAGUUUGCCGAGGUGAAAGCCAUCCAGCUGGCCCUGGACAUUGCUGAACGAGAAAAGUGGCCAGUACUUUAUCUCUAUACUGACUCAUGGAUGGUGGCAAAUGCCCUGUGGGGGUGGUUGAAGCAAUGGAAGCAGAGCAACUGGCAACGCAGAGGUAAACCCAUCUGGGCUGCUGCACUGUGGAAAGGUAUUGCUGCCAGGGUGCAGAACCUGGUGGUGAAGGUACGUCAUGUAGAUGCCCAUGUACCCAAGAGUCGGGCCACUGAGGAACACCAGAACAACCAACAAGUGGAUAAAGCGGCUAAGAUUGAAGUGGCUCAGAUGGACUUAGAUUGGCAACAUAACGGUGAAUUAUUUUUGGCCUGGUGGGCCCAUGACACUUCAGGCCAUCAGGGCAGAGAUGCAACAUAUAGAUGGGCCCGUGGCCGAGGGGUGGACUUAACAAUGGACACUAUUGCCCAGGUUAUUCAUGAGUGUGAAACAUGUGCUGCAAUUAAACAAGCCAAGCGGUUAAAGCCUCUUUGGUAUGGAGGACGAUGGUUGAAGUAUAAAUAUGGGGAGGCCUGGCAGAUUGACUAUAUCACACUGCCACCAACCCUCCAAGGCAAGCGCCAUGUGCUUACCAUGGUGGAAGCAACCACCGGGUGGCUGGAAACAUACGCUGUGCCCCAUGCCACUGCCCGCAACACUAUCCUGGGCCUUGAGAAACAGAUUUUGUGGCGACACGGCACCCCAGAGAGAAUUGAGUCAGACAAUGGGACUCAUUUCCGGAAUAACCUUAUAGAUAUUUGGGCCAAAGAGCAUGGCAUUGAGUGGGUAUAUCACAUCCCCUACCAUUCACCAGCCUCUGGGAAAAUCGAACGGUACAAUGGGCUGUUAAAAACUACACUGAGAGCAAUGGGUGGGGGAACUUUCAAGCAUUGGGAUACACACUUACCAAAGGCCACCUGGUUGGUCAACACCAGAGGAUCUGCCAACAGGGCUGGCCCAGCCCAGUCAGAACUUUUACAUAAUGUAGAGGGGGACAAAGUUCCCGUGGUGCAUAUGAAGAAUUUGCUGGGGAAGACAGUCUGGGUAAUUCCUGCUUCAGGUAAAGUCAAACCCACUCGUGGGAUUGCUUUUGCUCAGGGACGUGGAUAUACUUGGUGGGUAAUGCGGGAAGAUGGGGAAGUCCGAUGUAUACCUCAAGGGGAUUUGAUUUUAGGGGAAAACAGCCAGUGAACUCAAUUGUAUGCUGUUGCCUGCUGUGUAAUACUUUUA